CGAAACAGUUUAUUGGAGACGAGAGAGAGAUUUAUACAAGGAUUUAAUUAACAAAUAACAAACUACAAAAACAUUUUUUAAGAUACUCUAAAACAUAAACAUAUUUAAUUAAUUUUGGAUAUUUUCGGAUCGUAAUUCGAAUUUUAGUUUGAUUCGGAUUGUAUCCAAACCUUAAAAUACCAAGUUCUUAAGUCUCAUUCAGAUAUUUUUUGUAUAAUGGUUCAAUUUGAAAUUCAUUUUUCUUUUCAGUUUGGAUUAAGGUAGAAAUUUUGGGGUUAAAAUGUCUAUACCUACCGAAAUUGAUAAAAACGUCCAAAUGGAUCUAAAAUUGUAAAUCCGAAGAACCAUAACCGAACUCAGAAGAAGAAAAAAGUAUUCAAAGAUAUAUGAAUCACAAUUAUAUAGUUGAAUAUAAUAUUAUUUUAGAUUUAAUAUCUAUAAAUUUUCAAAAUACAUGAAAUGUAAAAGAAUAUUUAAAAUAGCCACAUGUGAAUAUUUGAAAAUAACAAAAUAUUCAAAAUAUAUGAAAUACUUAGAUGUUUUCCAUACAAAUACACAAAUUGAACUAAUUUUCUUGCUAAUUUAAAAUAUUUUAUCUUAGAUUAUUCAGAUUUCUAAGUUGUAUAUUAUUUUUAUUUUGGAUUUUAAAACUUCUAAGAUAUAUUUAGUUUUCUAAAAUUUUAUAAAAUUUAAACGAUUAUUCAAACAGAACCCACAGUAAUCUGAACUGAGACUGAAUCAAUAUUUAUAAAUACUCGAAUAUAUCUUAAAUAUUUAGUUCAAAAAAUCUACAAUUCGAAUAAACUUAAAUGGAUAUCCGAAUAUUCACUCCAAUCGGUCAUAUUAUUUUGAAGUUUGAACAUAAUUUUUUUUGAAGUAUUGGAAUUUCAAAAAGCUAUUAAUUAAAGUUGCUAAAAUGUCAACAUGCAUUAAUUGUGAUUUGUGUUUAGCUUAAGCCUUUAACAAAAAAAAAUAGAGACAAUUUGCAGCCACAUAAAACCCAAAUGAAAAACAAAAUAAACCUAAAAAACAUUAUACACGUGCGGGAAAAAGCGAGAGAGAGAGAGAGACAGAGAUGUGAAACUGUGUUCUGUUUCCAGCUUUUGUCCCGUCUUUUCAUGAUCCUUAUCUCUCUCUCUCGACACAUACACAACACGUGAUACACACCGACACAUAGAUAGAUAUAUAAACCAAUCUGACUAGCUCAUUCUCAUCAUCACCAUCAAAAACUUCACAAGCCUUUUUACUCACAAAUUAAGAAAGAAAUGGAGAUGCAAAGCAACUGCGACUUGGAGCUUCGCCUUCAUCAUCCUCCUUCUUAUGAUUCAAGCAGCUCCGAAAUUCCACAACCAAAUCAAGAACCUCAGAUAUGUGUUCCUUCAGAUCUUAUCCAUCUCCAAGCAAAAGCUAUACUAUCACUAGCGAGUAGGGAUAUGGAAGAGAGAUCAGACGGCUCAGAUCCUUCAAUAAUUCCAAACAAUAUGAAUCGAGUUCAUCAUCAGAAGACCUCUACGAAGAGAUCUCUUCGUAGUUUUCUUCAGAAACGUAAUGUUCGGAUUCAGGCUUCUUCUCCUUACCGCCGGUUCCCAAUAACUUUGUUUAUGUGAUUUCAGUUUCCCUCAUGUUAGAUAUCGAGUUAGCACAAUUUUUAUUAUUAGAUCGAAGUGUUUUUUUUUCUUGUAACAUGAAAGUUCAUAAAUCAAACCGAACCAAAGACUCUUAACUACAGAACCCCAAAGAGAUACAGAACAAAGCUAACACUAAGGAAAAAA